UACCCGGAAAAGCGUGCGGUGCGGUCCCUUCCGAAAAUUACGGUGUCGGUCUUCGGUCGGACCGUUUGUCGAGACACGGUACAUUUGUUUACGUACUUCUUUACGUCCGACGAAAUUUGUUCGUAAAUGAUCUUAGGAUUUUAAUUUCAUCAAAAUUGUUUCUAUAAUAAAAAAAAAUAUUUAAAAAAGCACACAUACCUUGUUAGGUAUGAUACGGUCGUCGAACGCCUAAUUUAUUUAUUGCCAGUCGGCUGUCGCCACCGUUGUCGCAGUGUCGAGUGUUUCGAAGAUUACAACAGUUGUGUUGUGUGUAUACGAUAUUAAAGUUUGUGUACGAAUAUUAAUAAUAUAUCUAAUCGAUACAGAGGCCGAUCGUCGUUUUAGCCGCUUGUUCUUGCCGUUGACUCGUUCUCUUACGACUUAAGGUUUUCUUUGCGCGUCAAAUCAAGAAAUAAAUUGUUUUAAAAAUCUCUGUGCGAUUCCUUCCGGCUGUCGUCAAUGGUGAGUUUUUAGUGAUUUCCACCGCCGUAUUGUCUGCAUUUACACGGGUCGCAGUCGAGUCCGCGGGGCGCCAUGACGGGACGGCAACGCCGCAAAGCCCGCGACCAAUAGCGGGCGUCAGAUUUGUUGACAGUCCGAUGUUGCCACGUUCCAGCCGAAGCCGCCGUCGCCUAGUGCAAUGGCCGCCGCCGAAAUCGCAACCAAGAUCGCGGUAAAUCUCACAGAAAAUCUCACGGCCAAUAUCACGGCAAAUUUCACCGCCAAUAUAACAGGCAACGAUACCUUGCUACAUGACCAACAAAGCUCCGACCUGUACAAGGUGCCAGCCCUAUUGGUUGUCGUUCUAUCCGUGCUCUAUGGUUCAAUAUCAGUGAUCGCUGUGGCCGGAAACGGGUUGGUGAUAUGGGCCAUCGUCACCAGCAAGCGGAUGCGGUCGGUCACCAAUCACUACUUGGCAAACUUGGCGUUCGCCGACAUACUAAUCGCACUCUUCGCCAUACCAUUUGAAUUUCAAGCAGCUCUGCUACAACGAUGGAAUCUGCCGUCGUUCAUGUGCGCCUUCUGUCCAUUCAUACAUGUCCUUUCCAUCACGGUGAGUGUGUUCACGCUGACCGCCAUAGCUGUGGACCGGCGCCAAGCCAUACUCAAUCCGUUCGCUGCGAGGACAUCAAAAACCCAAUGCCUGUGUGUGAUCGGGUUGAUCUGGAUCGCCGGUCUGGCACUGAGUUCACCGAUGGCGUAUGCUCAACGGGUGGUUUUCGUGUCCGAAGACUGGCCGUUCUGCCUAAACGUCAACUUGUCACACAACGUGAUGCUCGUUUAUAGGGCUCUACUGGUGGUCGUGCAGUACGUCAUACCGCUGUCGAUCAUGACGUGGGCCUAUUCCGGGAUAGGAUUCGCCCUGUGGGGUUCGUCGGCUCCCGGAAACGCUCAGUCACAGAGAGACUUGAAUCUGAUGAGAAAUAAAAAGCGGGUCAUCAAAAUGCUUAUCAUCGUUGUUGCGCUAUUCACGUUGUGUUGGUUGCCCCUGCAAACGUACAAUCUAUUACAACAUAUAUUUCCUCAAAUAAACGAGUAUCCUUAUAUCAACAUAAUUUGGUUCUGUUUCGAUUGGUUUGCCAUGAGCAAUAGCUGCUAUAAUCCAUUUAUUUAUUCCAUAUAUAACGAGAAAUUCAAACAAGAGUUCAAAAUGCGGUUAGACUUCAUGGCGGGAAAGAGGCGGCUGACCAGGGAUCUGAGCGCUUUUUCCAGUGGCCGGUUCGAGUGGCGCACCAAUCACGUGAACACGCACGAGCGAAACCUGAAGCACAGCUCGAUCGUCACCAACGACACGCCAUUGAUACUCACACCCGACGCGUGAUUGAUCGAUUGACCUACCGAAAGGCUGUGACCUCGUGAGACGUUAUCAAUUUAAUAUUUAUUUCGGUGUAAUUGUUAUCGUUGCGGCGUCGGUGUAAAAUAAGUUUUUCGAUUGUCCCCCACGCACGAUAAUAUAAUGAAAUAUAUAUAUAUAAGUCUUGGCCGGAAGUCCCGAGACCCCAUCGUCCCCGUUCUAGAAAACAGAUCCCGCGUGAUUUUUUUUAUCAUCACUUUGUUUUCUUACUCCUACUAUCAUACAUUUCUUUCUAUUUGC